GCAGCGUAGUGCGGGGCGUUCUAUGAGUUUUGGGUCCUAUAACCCUAUUUUACUGUUGGCCCAGAGAGAGUAAAGGGCUUUGUCCCACUCACACAGACAGGUGUCCUGAAGGAAGGUGGAGGUUCAGAGGACGCAGGACUUGGAGUGUAAGCCCUUGGUCUUAAAACGCGGACUCCAGACCACGUUCGUCCUCCUACCAAGCUCUAGAACCCCUUGGACCGCAGGCCCAGAAGGACGCAGGCUUACAAACCUCAACCUCCCUCCCUCCCCGGCUGAGGGGGCGGGGCUACACCAAUCCCGCCUCCGUGGGGAAGGGCUUCGUUCCGCCAGGAGGGGCGGAGCCUACUUGGCCCGCGGGUCGGGAGGGGUCGCUCUACGCCCGGAGGCGGAGUUGUCUGGCGUCACUUCCGCGCGCCGUUGUCUACGUCAGUGUCGGGCGCCUACGGCAGAGGUGCGGUUUGCUCUUAAAGUUCGGUCUCGGAUACCUUUUGCGAGCCAUGGAAAGUGACUUCUAUCUGCGUUACUACGUGGGUCACAAGGGCAAAUUCGGCCACGAAUUCCUGGAGUUUGAGUUUCGACCCGACGGGAAAUUGAGAUAUGCCAACAACAGCAAUUACAAAAAUGAUGUCAUGAUCAGAAAAGAGGCUUAUGUACAUAAAAGUGUGAUGGAGGAACUAAAGAGGAUAAUUGAUGACAGUGAAAUUACCAAAGAGGAUGAUGCUUUGUGGCCUCCUCCUGACCGAGUAGGUCGGCAGGAGCUUGAAAUUGUCAUUGGGGAUGAACACAUUUCCUUCACAACAUCAAAAAUUGGUUCACUGAUUGAUGUCAAUCAAUCUAAGGAUCCAGAAGGCUUACGAGUAUUUUAUUAUCUUGUCCAGGACCUGAAAUGUUUGGUCUUCAGUCUUAUCGGAUUACACUUCAAGAUUAAACCAAUCUAGAUUGAGUAUUGGUGUGGACACAAGGGGGGUAGGCAUGGCUGCUUUUAAUUACCAUUAUCAAGAAAUUUUUGUGUAUAUCAGGGCAAUUUUUUUUAUAAACUAUAAAUGAUCAUCUUUAAUAAAUACAUAACAAAAUGCAAUUUUGAUUAUUUUAUAAAGACCCAAA